AACCAGUCCAUUAAGAUAUUUGGGAACCAGUCACACAACAAGCAUGGCGGAUGGCGAUUCACUGUACGAGUUGAGCUCAGAUCAGGACGGAGAUCCUGAUGCUAUAGACGGUGAUGUUGAAAAUGACGACACUGCAGACGAUGGUGUAUUAGAUGCAGCCAGGAAGAAGAGCAAGAAGAAAAAGUUAAGGCGUCCACGAGGUAUUGAGAAAUCAAGCGGAGAUUCAGACAGCCAGACAAUGAGCGAGGAUCAAGAUGGACACGAAAGUCAUCAUUAUCAUCACCAUCAUCAUCACGAUGGGCAUACUCAUCAAAUGAAGAAAAAAGAGGAUAUGAAUCAUAUGUCUGGGUCUGGUGCUGAGGCUGAUACGGAAGGUCAGGGGUCACAGAUGGAAUACACCCCAAGAGGGAAGGAAACUAAGACUGUAGAUGAGGAAAAAGCUUCAGGGGAUAAAGCGCAGCCUGCUGUACCUGCUUUGAGUCGUGCUCAGAUACAGAAGACAGUAAAGGAACUAGAAAUGUUAUCUAUGGUGGCAGGGGCCGCACCAAAAAGCAUGGACGAAGCUGCCAAGAAAAGAUACCAAUUUUGGGAAACUCAACCAGUGCCAAGAAUUAACGAGAAAGUACAAGGAAAUGAGGAGAUAGAACAAGAUAAACCAACUGAUGAAAUCCGACAAGACACAUAUUCAUUGCCUCAAGGAUUUAGAUGGGAUACCCUUGAUAUUAGUGACCCUCUUAUUUUAAAAGAGCUGUACACAUUAUUAAAUGAGAAUUAUGUAGAAGAUGAUGACAACAUGUUUAGAUUUGAUUACUCUCCAGAAUUCUUACAAUGGGCGUUACAACCACCAGGCUGGUUAAAAGAUUGGCACUGUGGUGUGAGGGUAAUCAAGAGUGGCAAGUUAGUCGGGUUUAUAAGUGCUGUUCCUGCUCACAUUAAAAUAUACGACAAAGAUAAGCAUAUGGUAGAAAUUAAUUUUCUGUGUGUUCACAAGAAGCUACGAUCAAAGCGCGUUGCACCAGUUUUGAUUCGCGAGAUUACUAGACGUGUUCACCUGAAAGGACUGUUUCAGGCAGUUUACACGGCCGGAGUGGUAUUACCUAAACCAGUUGCUUGUUGUAGAUACUGGCACAGAUCGUUAAAUCCAAAGAAGUUGAUUGAAGUGAAGUUUUCACAUUUAACCAGAAACAUGACUAUGCAGCGCACGCUGAAACUGUACAAAUUACCAGAUACCACAAAGGUUCCAGGAUUCCGCCCAUUCACUCCAGCUGAUGUUACAGACACUUUCAAACUUCUUUCUAAAUAUUUGUUAGGUUUAGAUCUGGCCCCAGUAUUCACAGAGGAGGAAUUCCGUCACUGGUUUAUUCCGAGAAAAGGGAUUAUUGAUAGCUAUGUAGUUGAGAACAAUGGAGUUAUUACAGAUUUUGUAAGUUUCUACACUUUUUGUACCCUUCAAACUGGUGAAAGGGCACGCACUCCGGCUACUGGGUUUGAUGUCUUUAAUGCCCUGGACUUAAUGCAGAACAAAACAUUCUUGGAGAAACUCAAGUUUGGCAUUGGGGAUGGCAAUUUACAAUAUUAUUUGUAUAACUGGAGAUGUAGUCAAAUGGAACCAAACCAGGUUGGCAACAGCAUAGAGCCUGGUCUAAAUGUACAAAUAUGCAGACUGGCCUGGCUCUGUACUGGUGGUAUAGGUUAUCCACAGUUGGUUCAAGCCGGGUGA